AAUGAGACAAACUAUUAUUGAUCUGUUCAACUCAUACCAUCCCAAUAUAAAGUUCACUGUAGAGGAUGAAAAUGAAAACAAAAUUACAUUCUUGGAUCUUUCAAUAACAAGAGAGGACGACAAUUUAACAACCAGUUGGUACACAAAAGCUAUAAGUUCCAAUAGAAUAAUCAACUACUACAGCAAUCAUAGUAACACCCAAAAAGUAAACACGGCAAUUAGUCUGAUGUAUAGAGCAUUAUCUUUAAGUGACAGCAAAUUCAGAGAUGAGAGUACACAGAGAGUUUGUGACAUUUUGAGAGAAAACAACUACCCCAAAUAUGUCAUUCGACGAGUUGUGAAUAAGACCAAGGAAAAAUUGGACAACACCCAACAAAGGAACAAAGAACCAACACAAUAUUACAGAUUCCCUUUCAUACCCGGCCUCUCACAGAAGAUUUCAAGAAUUUUCAAGAGGAUUGGUUGCACUGGUGCAUUUUACAACAAGAUCACAACGGGAAAAUACUUCACGAAAUUAAAAGAUUGUGUACCGACAAUGUCACAAUCGUCAGUGGUAUAUAAGAUUCCAUGCUCUAAUUGCGAGAAGACCUACAUCGGACAGACGAAACAACCAUUGAAGGACAGAAUUAGACAACACAGAGCAGACUCCAACAACAUCACACAUAGGGAUAAAACUGCUCUCACUUCACAUACACACAGGGAAGGACACAAGUUUCAUUUCGAGGGAACAACAGUACUCGACCAUGAAAACAACAGUUACCGUAGAAACAUAAGCGAAAUGAUUCACAUAACACUAAACAAAACGGUGAAUUAUAGGGAAGACGUCAGUGGACUCAGUACAAUUUAUAAUAGUCUAUUGAUACCUUUGAGAAAAUGAUCAAGUUUCUUCUUUUCCUACCAACUUCAAUGGUUCUAUUUCGAAAAUUAUGCUCUAUGAUUCUAAUAUCUAACCUAGAUUAUUCUGUUUUCCUACAAAUUAUUGACUUGUUUCAAAGAAAAUUUUGAGAAAAUUUCACUGGAGUUCAAAGUCGCUUUUAAUGAAACCUUGUGUGCAGUUUUUAUUAUUUUUGACUCAACUUCUUUGAGAUCAUUUAUCCUUGAAAAAGGUCCGAUUGGCGACCGAAACGUCGGUGUAAUGAUUGAAUAGGGAGUGAUGAAAUAGAUGAUCCAAAUACCU